CAUUGCAAAGUUUCUUUUCCUUUUCACGGACGGAGGUUUAGGACCUGGAUUGGUUGCUAUUUUUAAAAUUGGAAGAAUCUGAAGGAGUUAAAUAAAAGCGGAUUUUCAUGUAAAUUUCAGUACUAUUUCAAGCCUCUUUCGAAGAAUGAUUAAAAUACGUUUUUGCGCAGACGCAAACUUAAAAUGAUAGAAGUUCACGAUUGCGGAUUUUCAAAUUUAUUUAUUUAUUUAAUGAAAAAGUUAAAAGGUGAUAAUUUGUGAAAUGGUGAUAAGGUAAUUCUUGUAAAGUAUUCUGUAUUUGCUAACAAAUUAAGAAAAAAAAAAUAUCUCAGAAACUUUGAAGAAGUAUUCCAAUUUUAUUUUCAAACUGUUUAUCUGAUAAAAUCUGAAACGAGAUCAGACCUUAUGAAAAUUGGAGUUAGAUAUACAAUUACUUUAUCAGACGAGAGAAAAACUGUAAUAUUUAUAUCUAAUUUUUAUCUUAAAAUAAACAGUAAGAAAUUUAGGACAAGAAGAAAUCUACGUUUUAGUGGUAUUUACCAGUUAUAAAAACAUUUGCAGCCGGCCAGACUGUACGAAAAAAUAGCGUUAAAAGCUAGCAAAGUGCAAAAACUUGAUAGAGUUACCUGGACUUUAAAGUUCAACUUAAACAGGAAGCAAAAUGAAUGGAAGUGUUAAAGAGAGUAGUAGUACUAAGUACAGGUUGAUUUAUUUUGACGUGCGUGGACGUGGAGAAAUACCGAGGUUGUUGUUUCAUGCAGCGAAAGUGGAUUUCACCGACGACCGUGUAGAUAGCGAGGAGAAGUGGUACAACUCUUUGAAAGCCAAAAUGCCACAAAAAGUCUUGCCUGUACUGGAAGUUGAUGGAAAACAGCUCUCACAGAGUCUUACAAUUUGCAGAUAUCUGGCACGAGAAUUCGGUUUAUGUGGCAAAACUAACUGGGAACAAGCUCAAGUAGAACAGGUUGUUGAUACUAUGGACGACUUGAGGGCGGAGGUAGCAAAAUGGAUCUAUGAGAAAGACACAGUAAAGAAGGAUGAAAUAGCAUCAAAUUUAAGAUCAGAAAUCUAUCCAAAGUUUUUUGGUAUCUUGGAGACUAUUCUCAGGGAGAACGAAGAAAAUAAUAAUAGAAGCGGCUACUUUGUUGGUGAUCAUCUUACUUUGGCGGACCUCAGUGUUUUCGAGACCUUCACCUUCCCGCUUUCAAUACAUCCUGACAUUUUUGACGAUCACCUCGAACUGCAAGAACACAGACAAAGAAUAAUGACAGAUAAACACCUCGCCGAGUAUAUAAAGAACAGACCAGAACGGCCUGUAUGAAAGUUAUUGCCGCAAAACAUGACAGUUGUAGAGAAAUCUUGGAACGUGCAAUGAUUAUAAAUGUAUAUCAAUGCAUUUCAAAUGUAUAAGACAAUUGUUAUAAUAAUGAUACUAAUGCCUUUAUACACAAUAUAAUUAUCUGUCAUAUGGUAAGUUAUGAUGAUGCUGAUUUCAGGUCAAAGUUGAAAAACUAUUUCAGGAAGAAAGCUGUAUUUGAAAGAGUUCAAGUUUAGAAAUUUGAUAUUGUUUCGUUUAUUUUUUCGUUACAAAUUUGUAAAAUAUUUUCUACAGUUUAAAGCACAUUGUUGUGUAUAACUUUACACAAAUGACGCACUAUGUUUUUAUAUUUGGAGUAACUUUGUUGUAAUAUUGUAUGUUUUGUUGAUAUUGUUAUGACGAUUUACGGUUCAUGUUCAGUGAUUUGUUACCGCCCGUAAGGUAAAUUUUUAUUUUGGAUUAUUUUUGUUCCUCCUUGACCAUUCUACCUAAGUAAGGUAGGUUUUUGACAGAUAUUGCUGUUCUGCCACUAAGAUAAUAGACGGUAGCGCCGGCUCACAAAAUAUUACCAAACGCCUUGCAAAAUAUAGUCUUGGGUAUAUAGGUAUAUGUUUAGAUUGUGAUAGGUUAACUAAACCAAAGUUUACUCGUAUGUUCCACAUUACUGAACAAAUUCUUUGAAAUAUAACAAUACAGAUAUUUUUUAAACUUGGUUUUACAAAAAGCUAUAACUUUCGUAGCAGAUUUAUUAACAAAAAUGGCAUUCGAAAUAUUUUGGUAUAUUUUUCACUACCAUUACACUAUAAACCGACAAAACUAAAAGCAAGCACAAUGACGUAAUAUGCCAUCUAAUAUGCCAUCUUUUCAUACAUAAUUAUACUGCCCUCAUUCUUGGCCAAACCAAAUAAAAGUAUUUUGCAAAGCUGGUUAAAAGAUACUUUGUCUAUGUUUUAUGCUGAGGGAAGGCAUUUCUAAAACGUAUAUUUAAGUUCAAUUUUAAUUGUGUGGAUACCUUUAAUUGGUUUAAAAUUAACUUCAAUAGACCCAUAUGCAAUUUAUAUGCUCCAACUAAAGCAAGGAACGUACUUAAGACAAAGAACCAAAUACAUACAAAUGAUGUAAUGAGUAUCUUUUUAAUAUAGCAUAAUAUUUGUUUUUGCUUUCUAACCUAUAAGGGAACAAAAUAAAAGAUAAAAAGCAUGAGAAAAAGUCUAAUCUGGAUAAUCUAUAGCUGAAAGUGGUAUAUUAACACAUAGGUUACAGUUCUUUUUAUUGCACAGCGUUACGCACUUGACAAUAAAGAUGGGCCUGUAACCUAUACAUAACCAAAAUAGUCAGGUAAUUUAGAGACGAAUAAUACUAUGGUUAAUCACUAGCAUAUACAUAUUAACAGAGAGAUAUUAAAAGAAAAAAAAUAACAUGAUAGAUGUUUUGAUGGAAUUUAAGCAAUUUUUUUAUAUUGUAUAUUCUUUAAAAUUCCGUUUGAAAACAUGACAGGUUAUGAAGUUCUCUAGAUUACAAGGACAGAAAAAAAUAUUUUCGUUGUACACGGAGACUGCAACGUCGACGAUUGUUCACCAACUAUUUGUGGGCCGUCAUUUCAGUAAAUAUCUAAAUUAAUUAUAAACAUAUAUAAAUAAUUUGAUAUAGAAUUUUCAAAUUUAAUGAAACUUAUCAUUUCAUCUUGUAUAUAUAUAUAUGUGAUUCGAACACUGUAGAAUCUAGAAACUGGAGUAUCUACUAUAAUGUUUCACAGACCUUGCCGUGCUGUUAUAUGGAUGCAACUGGAUAAUAUAAUCAUUUCAGAUCAUUUCCCAAAAAAAAAAAAUCUUUGUAAAACUUUCAAUUCAUUUCCACUUUACAGAUGGGUUGUAAUUAUUGAAUUACUGUCUAAACAAUUUUUAUACGUUCACUCUGCGACGUUUCAUUGGCAUGGGAUUCUUGAUUUUUAUUAGCUCACCUGAUCCAAAGGCUCAGGGUGAGCUUUUAUGAUCGCUCACCGUCCGGCGUCCGUCCGUCCGUCCACACUUCCCUUUAAACAACAUCUCCUCUUAAACCACCAGGCCAUUUUGAUGAAACUUCACAGGUAUGUUCCUUGGAUGGUCUUCUUUAUUAUAAGUUGUUCAAAAAAUUGAAUUCCAUACAGAACUCUAAACUUUGAAAAUCUUCUUGGUCAAAACCACAGGUCAUAGGGCUUUAAUAUUUGGCAUGUAGCAUCAUCUAGUAGUCCUUUACUAAGAUUGUUCAAAUUAUCCUCCUAAGGUCAAAAAUGGCCCUGCCCUGGGGGGUCACAUGGUUUACAUAGACGUAUAUAGGAAAACUUUGAAAAUCUUCUUGUCCAAAACCACAGAUCCUAGGGCUAUGAUAUUUGGUUUGUAGCAUCAUCUAGUGGUCAUCUACCAAAACUGUUCAAAUUAUCCCCUAGGGUCAAAUAUGGCCCUGCCCUGGGGGCACAUGGUUUACAUUGACUUAUAUAGGGAAAAACUUCGAAAAUCUUGUCAAAAAUCGCAGGGCCUAGGGCUUUGAUAUUUGGUGUGUGACAUUAUCUAGUGGUCCUCUACCAAGUGUUCAAAUUAUGUCAACGGGGAUGAAAAGAGGCCCCGCCCCGGGGGUCCCAAGUUUUACACGGAUUUGUAUAGAAAAAAGCUUUAAAAAUCUUCUUGUCGUAAACCACAAGACCUAGGCUUUUGAUAUUUGGUAUGUAGUAUUGUCUGGUGGCCCUCUACCAAGAUUGUUCAAAUUAUUACCCAGGGGUAAAAAGAGGCCCCGCCCCGUGGUCCCAAUUUUACAUAGACUUAUAUAGGAAAAAAAACUUUAAAAAUCUUCUUGUUUGAAACCACAAGACCUAGACCUUUGAUAUUUGGUAUGUAGCAUUGCCUUAUUGUCCUCUACCGUGAUUGUUCAAAUUAUUACCCUGGGGUGGAAAAUGGCCCCACCCGGGGGUCCCAGGUUUUACAUUGACUUAUAUAGGAAUUUAAAAAAAAAAUCUUGACUGAACGUUCAAGGCCUAGGCCUUUGAUACUUGGUAUGUAGCAUUGCCUAGUGGUUUUCUAACAAGAGUGUUCAAAUUAUGCCCCUGGGGAGAUAAGAGGCCUUGUCCAAGGGGUCACAUGUUAUAUGAGUUAUAUAGGAAAAAAUACUUUAAAAAUUUUCUGAUCAUAUUUCCUAGACUGUUUUAUUAUAAUUACCUGAUGACCCCAAGUAAUUAGGGGUCACUUGACUUUGACCUUGACCUACUGACCUACUUUUUUUUUAAGAUAAAGCCUUGAAAUUUGGAUGACAAAUACAGUUUUGCACACCAAUCUUCACAGCAUUGAAGUUUGGAUGACAUGUACAGUUUUGCACACCGAUCUUAAAACUGAUUUUCACUGACCAUGAAUGUGACCUACUGACCUACUUUCUAAUAUUUUAGCAUCAGUUUGCCAUUUUAAACAUGUGGCUUAUAUUACUCAGGUGAGCGAUUCAGCGUCAUCAUGACCCUCUUGUUGCUAUAAAAAGAUCGAAAUUAGAUAAAAACACCCUUUUCUGAUUAUUUUAACGAAUGUUUCGAAAUUUUGCUAAGCAGUAGACUAAGGAAAGUAUCAGUAAUACUUUAUUGAAUCUAUGUUUGUAAAGUUUUGAAUAUAAUUUUGUAAAAUUGUUAAACAUUUGAUCAUUUAAUGCUAUUAUUUUUCAUUUAAUUAUAUCUACCUCACUUAAUCUAGUUUAAUUGAUAUUUAACCAAUCACACAUCCGUUGCUUGUCUAAAAUUGCAACAAAAGAGAUCUUGUUUUCUCAAAAAUAA